CAUUCCAAGCAGGGACACGGCUCAGUCAAAUGGAUAUGGACGAGCAUAGACCAAAAGUGGGGGAGCUGACGGAAGUAAAGGUGGACAAAGAUUUCAAUUUCACCCAGAGUGACACAAGACCUCAUAUUGUCGACAGGGAUCCAAAAGGAAUCAACAGCAAUCUAAAGGUCAUGUUUGAGGAUGUGAUUGGUGAACCCCCUUCAGUGCGGAGCUUUGAUCGUGUCUGGCUUUGGAGUUAUGCUGUAUUUGAGGUGUCCAGAUUUUGGGGCUACCGCGUCAUCUCCCUUUUGCUGGCAGUGCCGGUGUCGCUGGCAGCAGGGCUGCUCUUUGCUGUUCUUAGCUGCAUCCACAUCUGGCUGAUCAUGCCCUGUGUGCAGCUCCUACUCAUCAAUAUGCAGUGGAUCCAGACUGCAUGGAGUAGCAUACUGAACAUUUUUAUCACUCCUUUCUUUAGCAGUUUUGGAAGAUGUUGUGGUCAAGUUGUCAUCUACCUGGCAAGCAGUGAAAAUAGAUAGAAGUAAUUAUUGAAACAAAUAACCAGAAGGUAUGACGAAAAGACCAAUAAAGAAUUGUUAGCUAUUUUUUGACAGGGAACCUGUAUCAUUUUUAUGAUUACUUUGUAUGCCUCUUAUGCUUUGAGGUAUGUUUGCACACUUAUCAGUGUAUUUCAUUUUGUAGUGGCACUGAUAUAUGAAGCCUUGAAGUUACUAUACAGUAGAAACUCACAAAAGUAGUGAAUAUGAGUGUGCUAAAUACACAAACACAAAAUCAAAUACCACAAGAAGCACAUUUUGCUGAAAUUAAUAAUUUGCUAAAUUCUUUACACAUAAACUGUAAUCUGAGUGCAAAUAGAGGUAUAUAAAGAUACAAGGAUUUAGCUUUUUGUUAAUUUUCUGUGUUGUGUGUUAAAUAAGAUUAUUAAAAUGUUUCUUGACAAAAGGCAAAUCUGUGUUCAACUGUGAUUGUUUCUUGCAGAUUUCAGAAUUUUAAAACUUAGUUAAAAAUUAAAGUUAAAAAAAGUUAGAGUUGGACAGGAUGGUUCUCAAAGUGGACCACUAACAAACUUGUCUUAUUUUGUAAGUAUUGUAGAAAUAGGUUAU